AUGUUCCUCCUACUAGGUUUUCUUUCUCUGGUCCUCGCCCAAUUACCCCCUGUCCCUUUCUAUAACAUCAACAUCCCCAGCGCUCCAUCCCCCAACCUCAGCACCGCCACCUUCACCACCCCCUCCACCCUCCUAUCGACCCUCUCCAAACCCAAGGUCCACCCGAUCAACACCACCGUCUUCGACUGGUGGUACUUUGACGCCAUCUCCUCUUCGAAUCCGAACGUUUCUCUCGUCGUCACCCGCUUCACCAGCACCCGCGCCGCGUUUCCGUUCCUCGUGCCCGGAAAUACCUCCUCCGUCCUCCAGUCCUACCUCUGGAUCUCCUUCGCCAACGGGACGAGCUACGCUGCGUUCGCGGACGCAUCCCUCGCGACGGUCGAUGCAGCCGGUGACGUUAAUCGGGGAGUAUGGCACGGGAGUGGUUUUUCCUGGAUUGGAUCUGAGAAGGGAGAAUAUGAGAUUGCUAUUGACGGAGCAGGGGUGAAUGGAUCGAUGAGGUUAUCUUCCGUAUCGAACCCGCAUACACCCUGCGGUGACGACCGGCUGCGUCUGGGUGGUAGUACCGUUGGGAUUGGGUGGGCGAGUCUCCUCCCCGAUGCGGAGGCGAGUGUUGAUGUUUUGGUGGGUGGGGAGAGGGUGCGCUUCACUGGGGUUGGGUAUCAUGAUAAGAACUGGUCGGAUGGACCGUUUGGGGCGGCGGUGCGGACGUGGUACUGGGGCCGGGGCCGGGUGGGCCCGUACUCUGUCGUCUGGUUUGAUAUGCUUCCUUUUGGAAACGAGACAGAAGUGGUGAGUGGGUAUGUGGCUGUUGGACGGGAGGUUGUGGUGUCUAGUUGUGAGGAGGGGGUCGUGUCUGUAAGGCCGACGAGGAAUGGGACGGUGCAGAGGUACCCGCCUGUGCUUGGGGACGUGCCGGAUGGGUUCCGGGUGGUUUAUAGCCUGGGGAUGGAGGUGAAUGUCACUCUUGGGGCGAUGGUCGCUGGGGAUGGGAAGUACUAUGCGCGGUGGACGGGGACGAUGACAGCCGAGGUGGAGGGCGAGCUGUACGAGGGUGUGGGCAUAUUCGAGCAGUUUGUGAUGCAGUAA